GGUUGACCCUUGGUAUAUAUACACGCGCCCCAGGGGUGGCGACCACUGACGGUCUUACAGCGGGUCUCUUUAGCGGCGGCGGCAAGCUGGAAGAAUCGGGAAACAUGUGAUCCAAGGGAUCCCUGAAAGGAGGGACGUGAAGCAUUGAUUGUGUGUUAUAUCUACCGAAGCUAUCACCUGAGGGCCUUGAAUAGUUCGUGGUGUGUAAAGUCGAGGGGAGCUAUCAACAGUUGGCGUUAAGGUCUCACUUGUUGAUACAGUCUAGAGGAGGCAUCGCAAGAAGGUUUUGAAGUUUUAGUUUGUGUGUCUAUGGGAGGCAUCAAAAGAAGGCAUUGAAAGCAAGUCUUUGUGAGCCAUCAAACAUGGAGACGUCCUACAGCAUCCAGACUGGAGUGACGAAGACACUGGGAGUGGUGGACUUUGUUGUGUUUGGCUCUACACUCUCUGUCGCGCUCUUUAUUGGAAUAUAUUAUGCUAUUCAGAGCAGACAUAGACAAGACCCAUCUGACUUCCUGGUUGCCGGAAGAAGUAUGGGCAUACUCCCGGUGUCCUUGUCCUUGAUUGUGACGUUCCUUUCGGCCUUGACCUUGCUAGGGAUGCCCGCCGAGAUCUACAACUACAACACGAUGUUCUGGUGGCUGGCUCUAGGCAUGAUUCUGGCAGUGGCGGGAGCAGCUUAUCUCUUUAACCCAGUGUUCUACAAUAUGGGCAUUACUAGUGUGUAUGAGUACCUUGAGAUGAGAUUUGGGAGAGCUGUCACGAUGCUAGCGUCUCUCAACUGGUUAUUUCAAACAAUUGUCUACCUCUCAUUUGUGCUCUACGCGCCGUCUUUAGCCCUGAAAUCAGUGACCGGCAUGGAGCUUUGGGUGUCCAUCCUGACAGUUGGCGGUCUGGUCACUCUGUACACGUCAAUGGGUGGGAUGAAGGCUGUUCUGUGGGCAGACAGCUUCCAGGCCGUCCUCAUCCUUGUCGGGCUGUUGUCUGCCUUCAUCCAAGGCACUGUUGUCACAGACGGCCUCAAGAAUGCGUGGGAAAUAGCCAGUGAACACAGCCGGGUCUACUUCGAUGAUUUCAGCGUGAACCCCACGACGCGGCACUCCUUCUGGUCCGUGGCUGUGGGGGGCGGCAUGAUGUGGAUGUCCUACUAUGCCGUCAACCAGUGCCAGAUACAGCGACUCCUCGCCUGUCCCACGCUCAGGAAGGCCCAGAUUGCAAUAUGGAUUAACGCCCUGGGGCUUGCUGCCAUAGUCAGUCUCUGCUGCCUCAUCGGUGUUGUUAUGUAUGCCUUCUAUAAAGACUGUCAUCCCCUGCGGUAUAACCUCAUCAGCAGCACAGACGAGUUACUCCCUCUAUUCGUGAUGGACAUCCUGGGGCACCUGCCUGGUCUGCCUGGUAUCUUCCUGUCCUGCAUCUUCAGUGGCAGUCUCAGCUCGUUGUCCUCCGGUAUAAACGCCCUGUCCGCUGUGGUGCUCCAAGACUACAUUAGGCCUUUUACUUCUGUCACCAACCUUCAAGCUACAAUCAUCACAAAGUGUUCAGCUGCCUGUUUUGGCUUUCUCUGCAUCGGACUAGCAUUUGUUGCGUCGACACUUGGAAAUGUACUGCAGAUUUCCUAUGCCAUUCUUAGUACUUUGGAUGGACCGCUCUUUGGAAUAUUUAUCCUGGGAAUGUUUUUCCCUCGAGCUAAUAAAUGGGGUGCAUUGUCCGGAUACAUAAGCGGACUUCUCUUCUUGUCGUGGUUGGCUAUUGGAGCCUACAUGUAUGACGUCAACACGCCGAUGUCUCACUUCUCCGUACAUGGCUGCAACUGGAACGUCACCAACUCCACUGCUCCGACAUCAGCUACCUCACCUGCAAACAAUACCGAGUUGACCAAAGUAGACGACCACCUCGGCAUCUACCGCCUCUCUUAUCUCUACUACACGGCUACCGGCGCCUUCGUCAACGUAGUUGUUGGAAUCAUCGUUAGUCUCAUCACGGGGUACGGCAAGCCGGUCACCACGGACCCAAAGCUGAUAUCUCCAAUCAUCAACACCAUAUUCCCUUGUUUGCCGAAGAAACUUAAAAAGAAGUUCAGCUACACAGCUGUAGAGACAGAGCCACACCCCGACAUACACAUAUUGGAGCAAGUGCCAGAUAAGAAAAUGUCCACUGGUGUGUUUCUGUGACCGCCGAGUUGUUUCCGGGGAUGGAAAACAAAGAACAGAUUGCUUGGUGAUGUAUCCAGCUUAAUGUACACAGCCUGGAGCUGGCGAACAGUGAUUGGCAACAAAUAAGGUUGUCCUUCCUUGACCCAGAUUCGAACUGCAUUCACCGGACACAUCAUGACCUCAUGCAAAGAGGUAGUUAGACUAACACUGCUGGUAACUCACUCGAGUUGGGGAGCCAGAACAGAUUCCUCUUUCAAUCUGAAAUUAGUAAACUCAAAGAUCGCAUUUCAGGCGUGGACGCCGGUUGUGACAUCUGCCGUGUGGGUGGGUGAUGCUUCGUGUCGGCCACAGGUGGCACAGUUGUCUGUGCAGACGUGUCUCUGAACCAGACAUCUUUAAGACUUUAAAGAAUUGCUGCAAUAGAUGUACAAAGCUGAAGAAAUCACAAGGCCUGGUAUUUGUGCGAUAGAUCUUUCAAUAUAAUGGCUCUUCAUUAUGUGUGUUUGUACAGUAAAUCUGCAAAAUAUGUGACACAUUAGGCAGGUGUUGUUUCUAUUUCUCCUGUUCGUGUUUAUUCUGUUCAAGAACACCUGGUGUCAUCACUGAAUUUCACUGAUCCAUCCAUAUAAUUUUCAUCAACAGUCUGCCUUCUGCGCCUAUCACGGCAGAUGAUCGAGACGGGUAGGUCCCUGGCGAUGACGUUUUAUAUUCGACACGAACACGUCGUACUCUGUAGAGUCACAGUGGACUCCGACUGUCUCUAGACACUUACACGUCACAGUCACUAGAUGUGUAGACUGCAGCUGCAGUAUAAAGUUUAACAUGAACUUGAAGUUUAGGUGCAUUAUGUCGUAUGGGUACAGGUUGUAAAGAGUAUUGUUACAUUUCCUGUCAUAUAACAAUUUCGUCUCAUCAAGUGACCUUAUAAAACAUCAUCUUUGUCAGAUUCGCGAGAUAAAAUAAGCA